CAAAUGGAGGAUGUCGCACAUUUAUAUUUUAUGGAUUUGCUAAGGAGGUCCUUCUUUCAAGAUGUUGAAAUGAAUGUAUGGGGAAAUAUAAUAAGUUGUAAAAUGCAUGAUCUUAUCCAUGACCUUGCAAACCUAGUUGCUGGUCCACAAAGCUCCAUUGUGAAUUUGGAUGCACAAUAUGUUCCUCCAAAAAUCCGUCAUGUGUCAUUUGAUGUCCCCAGAGAUUCGUCAUGGGAAAUUCCAAUCCCAUUGUUUAAAGCUAACAAACUAAGAACAUUCUUUUUGCCAUAUCAAGGACAUUUUCGAAAGCUACAUGUUUCAGUGACCGUUCCAACUUUUUUAAGAUCACCAACUUCUAAAAGGUUACGUGUACUAGAUUUGCAUAACCUAGGGAUCACAACUUUACCGAGUUGCAUAAGUAAACUGAAACAAUUAAGGUAUCUUGAUCUUUCUAGAAAUUUUGAAAUCAAGACUUUGCCAAGUUCCGUUACCAAGUUGCAAAAUUUACGGACCCUAAAACUCAAUGGUUGUAGUAAGCUUGUAGAAUUGCCAAGGGAUAUAAGAAGAAUGGUCAGCCUUAGGCAUCUUGAGCUUGAGGAAUGUUAUGAUUUGACUUGUAUGCCGUUUGGACUGGGUGAAUUGACUUCUCUUCGGACUUUGAUGAUGUUCCGACUGCGUGAAGAACGUGAUGGUAUGAUUCCAGUCAAUGGCGGGUUGAGUGAACUUAGAGGCCUAAACAAUCUAAGGGGAAAUUUAAAGAUUCUCUCUUUGGGAUCACGGUGUUUGAAAAGCGCAACAUCAGAACAAACUGAAGAAGAAAACUACUUGAAGGGGAUGGAAUACCUCGACUCAUUGGAAUUAUGUUGGUUAAUUAGUAUCUGUCCUGGCAGGGAGUGCAUUCAUGAUUAUUACGAGUCAGUUCUUGAAGGUCUCCAGCCACACCAAAAUCUGAAAAAGCUGUUUAUUAGUGGGUACAUUGGUGUCAAGUUUCCAAGUUGGAUGAUGGUCAACAUUGGAUUGUCCCUCCCAAAUCUUGUCAAACUCGAUAUAAAAGGGUGCGGAUGGAAAUAUCUUCAACAGUUUGGGCAGCUUCCUUCUCUCCAAGUUCUUAAACUUAGUUUCUGUUCCCUGGAAUAUAUAGACAAUGGCGGCAGCAGUGGUGGUGUCGACAUGUCCCUUUGUUCUGUUUCAUAUUCAUCAAGUGCAACAUUCUUCCCAUCCCUGAGGUUUCUCUCACUCUGUCAGUUGGGUAGUCUGAAGGGAUGGUGGAGUGGUAAAGCAGAAGAACCAAUAACUAUGACAACAGCGGCAGACCAGCAGCAGCAACAUCUUUUUUCACUGCCAAUACUGCCAUCAUUUCCUCGUCUAUCUACAUUAUUCAUCAAUGUUUGUAAUAAGGUGACAUCAGUGCCCUUAAGUCCCCAUGUUGAAGAACUUAGACUCAGAUGGGUCAGCUGGAAGCUAGUACAUCAGUUAAUGAUGAUGUCAACCGCAACAAUCCCUAUGACAACAACAACAACAGUAAAAACACUGUCCUCAUCAUCUUCACCUGUUCCUCUUUCCAAAUUAAAGAUUUUGUGCAUCGAGGACGUUGUGGAUCUGGUUAGUCUGCCGGAGGAAGCAUUUCAAAACCUCACUUCUCUCCGGUAUCUUAAAAUUUCUGGUUGUAGGAGGCUAACUUCUCUGUCAAGACGUAUUCAACAUCUCACCGCCCUUGAGAGGCUGCAGCUCUAUGAUUGUAAUGAUUUGUCAAGUGAUGAUGAUGUCAUGCAAUUUCAAGGCCUUCAGAACCUAACUUCUCUCACGAUUGGUUCAAUUCAAAAGUCAGAGUCUCUUCCCAUAGGGCUUCAAUAUGUUACCACCUUACAAUCCCUAGAGAUUAGUCGGUGUGGUUUGAAGAGUCUACCGGAGUGGAUAUGCAACCUCACAUCACUUCAGAAAGUUGUCUGGUCCGAAUGCUGUUCAUUAACAUCACUGCCUGAAGGAAUGCGUCAACUUACUACAUCACAAGAACUGCGUAUCAGCUGUUGUCCCAAUUUUUUACGACAUUGAUGCCAUAAGGGAAAUGUUGGCUGUUCAGUUUGUGCAUGUGUUUUUGGAGUAGCUUGGAAAAUUGUGGGAUUUUAUGCCAUGGAUAUUUGGCAGCAUUCAGAAAGAGAGAAUCAUAAUAGAGAAAUAGAAAAUUGAAAGAAAGAAACGGAAGACACCCAAAGAUCUUUCCAUUGUUGAGAACCAAAGGAGCUAUUUAGUGGCAGCCAUAUGCACAGAUAGAAAGAGAGAAUCUAAUCCCCUCCACAGACUCUAUCUCCUUCAGAAGGUUUAAUAUUUCUCGGACGUAAAUUCUAUGUUUGCGAAUUCCAUGCCAAGUCUGAUAAGAAUCUGGUUGCAGGAAAUGGGACAUUGAGAUCAUUUUCAAGACAACAUUCAACAGUUAAAAGACGGUUAUGUACGGAAAAAUCUAGACUCUCUCGGGAGUACGAGUUUUUCAGCUGUUGAAUAUGGUAACGGAACCUACCUUAUAGAUGUCUCCAGGAUAUUGCAGAACUUCUUGUCAUGGUUGGUUAAACAAAUGAAGAAAACAAUUAUAAAGAUUAUACUGUCAAAAAACCAUAUAUGGAAUGCUUGAGAACAAAUGUUUUACGUUUGUAUUUGAUUUUAUGGCCAUUGAAUGCACUGGAUAUUAUUCAUUAUGCAUCUUGAAAUACAUGAAAUCAAGGUACAGGAAACAAAGAAUUAUUGUUAUUAACUAUCCUAAUAGUUGCAUUCUUAAUGCGUGGCAUGUAACACAAAAAGGAAGCCAUUUUCGUGAGUAGGGUUAUGUUUGAGAUGCAAUGAAUAUCAAUUAGGAGUUAUAAGCUACUUCACUUGAGCCAAACAUUAAGCAUGCUACAACUGAACUGCUGGUUACAGGUAACAAAGCACCAUAUAUUUGGUUAAUGGGAUUCCAUUUUUGUUUCUUUGAUUCACCUGAUUUCUACAUUAUUGUCUCCUCACCCGAGCUCUAUGCAGUUAACCAUGUAUGGAAUGCUUCAGGGCAUUUGCUUUAUGUUUGCAUUUGAUUAUGAAAUGCUUAUAGCCAUUGAAUUCACUCGAUAGUAUUCACUAUGCAUGCUGUAAUUGAAUUGCAGGUUACGGGUAACAAACAAAGCACCAUAUAUUUGGUUUAAUGGCUUCCAUUUUUGUUUCUUUGAGGUCAUUCUAUUUGUAAUGUCUGUAAUUUAAAAAAAAAAAAAAAAAAAAAAAAAAAAAAAAAAAAGGUGGGACCCACUAAUGUUUUAAGUGGUCAUAAGACCACGUUUUUGAAAGCUCUGUAAUCUCAUUCUCUCUUCUCCCGUCUCUGUCUGUAUCUCUCUCGGCUUUUUGUUUUUUUUUUUUAGUUUACAAAUUCAAGUCUUGAUUAAUACCUCAUCUCUUAUCGGAUUAAGGUGCCGUUUGAGGCAAAACGAAGCCCACGACGAGCUCUACGCAUCCAUACCAUCAAUUUCAGUUUUUGUGCACCCUUUGGAUUUCGAAAUUCAAGACCCAUUUCAAGGGUUUUGUGCAAUCUUGAGGUAGGGGCUUCCUAAUUCACAUUUUUCUUGCACCCUUGUCUUGGAAAUGAACCGGUGGACAACAAUCCACCUCAAGCUUGAAAAUUGUUAGAAGGUUGUUUGCUAUUUUGUAUUUUGACCAUUCUAUGUAUACUCAUAGUUGUGGAAAUGUAACUAAGUUAGUAUUCAUGGCCUUGUAACUUAAGAACGAAUUUAUCUUUUGUUUGAUGUAAAUGAAACUAAUGGAAUUGUGGUAUAUAUUUCCAUGCAAUUGUAUCAUGUAACGUUGUAAGACAGGGACUUUAGAUCUUAACCAUGUAUUUUGGGACUGUAAUUAUGAUAAGUUAGAUUAAUUGGUGUGUGGAUGUUCCACCAUGAGAGGAACUAUAUUGAGGUAUAAUGAAUUGAUGAAUGGAAUGUUGGAUUAUACUAUGUGUUUUGUGUAUUGGGACAGGUUGUUAAAGGACCAUUUUUAAGGGAGGUUAUGCGAAAUUUUUAAAAUUUUGGCAUCAGCUUGGGUCGUUACACUAUUUAUUGGUUAUAGUCUCCUCUGUGCUGUCCUUUCAAUAUUUCAUACAAAUGUUUUUCAAACGACUUUUAUUAACACAUUUACUAGUUCAUAAAAUGCAAAAUAUAUUUUUCACUUGCCAUAUGAUCCUUGCUUUAAUUUGAUGAAGCAAUCAAAAGUUUUGAUCUUACAUAUAAAUUAAACUAUUAGCUCAAUUUAAUCACUCUUACGAUGGUA